AUGGAUAUUGAGAUUCAUUUCAAAUUCUAUACAAGCGUGGAAUCACUGUGUGAUGAAUGCCGUUUACAGAUCGGGUUCAUAAACGAUGCCCCGUUUCUUUCUCCAUUGUCAAGCAGUGAGAUUUGGGAUAACCUUUAUGGUCAUUAUUGUGCUUGUGUCCUAGUUGUGAUCAGAAACUCCCGAAACCUUCUUUCUUUGGGAUCGAAGCCUGUGAAUCUGAAGACGAUCUCGGGAGUCAGUUACAGCCUGCAUGGCACAAUAGCUUUCGCCAAACUCGCUGCUUGCUGCGACGUCCCCGAGCCGAGAAAAGGCAUCAAGAUGAUGGAACGUUUCAGGUUGAAGAGACAGGCUCCCAUUUCAGAAUCCAAAACCGAGCCUGAUCCCAAAAAUGACGGCGUCGUCGUGCCCGAUGAUCCCUUCCCUCCCCACCUUAACAUUCCCCAGGAACGCGAAGCAACCGCGCGACUUGAACCUUCCAAUAGCCACGUCUACACCGAAGAUGAAGACCCGUUCAUGGGUUUAAAGCUUCGAAGAAUGGCCUCCUCUGUCCCAGAUUAUAGAGGGGACUACAUUGACAUGUCUUCUCACCCGCUCUUAUUGAAGAUUUUGCAGAAACAAGGAGACGAGCAAGUUCUAUUUGCAGAUAAAGUUUUGAGGUUAACAGGCUCAGGGAAGAUGAAACGCCGUAUUCUGUUGAUUACUGAGUUUGCCAUUUACAUUGUUGACCCAGAGUCCGAUGCGCUUAGAAGAAGGAUUACCCUUGCAGCUGUUGAGAAAAUGUAUCUCAGUGCGCUGAGUGAUAACUUUUUUGCAAUAAUAAUUCCAACAGAGUAUGAUCUACUCAUGGUUAGUACGCGAAAGACAGAAAUUGUGACUGUGUUAGUUAAAGCUACCAAGAAGGCUUCUAAUCAUGAACUCAAAUUGGGUUUCUCCAAUUGUUUUGAAUACCAUGCAGCAGCUGACCUGCCAAAGGAAAUCCAAUUUGAAGAAGUUGAAGGGGGUGUUAAAACAAUAAUUUCAAGGAGGGAGUAA